CCAGUCGGGCGGCGGCGGAGCGGCGGCGGCAUGGCGAGCUGCCGGCGGCUGAGCGGCGCGGGGCUGCGGGAGGUGCUGGGCCCGGCGCAGGGGCUGCUCUUCGACUGCGACGGCGUGCUGUGGGCGGGCGAGCGGGCCGUGCCCGGCGCCCCGGAGCUGCUGGAGCGGCUGCAGCGCUGCGGCAAGGCCGCCCUCUUCGUCAGCAACAACAGCCGCCGCUCGGUGGCCGAGCUGGAGCUGCGCUUCAGCCGCCUGGGCUUCCGCGGGGUGCGGGCCGAGCACGUCUUCAGCUCGGCGCUGUGCUCCGCGCUCUUCCUGCGGCAGCGCCUCGGAGGAGGAGGAGAUGGAGGAGGCGGAGAUGGCGGCGGCCUCGUCUUCGUGCUGGGCGGCGAGGGGCUGCGCGGCGAGGUGCGGGCCGCCGGCCUGCGCCUGGCGGGCGAGGGGGAGCCGGGGGGCGAGGCGGUGCGGGCCGUGCUGGUGGGCUACGACGAGAACUUCACCUUCGGCAAGCUGGCGCAGGCCUGCGGCUACCUGCGAGACCCCCGCUGCCUGCUGGUGGCCACCGACCCCGACCCCUGGCACCCGCUCAGCGACGGCCGGCGGACGCCCGGGACUGGCAGUCUCACAGCUGCGGUGGAAACGGCCUCGGGCCGCAAGGCGCUGGUGGUGGGCAAGCCCAACACCUACAUGUUCGAGUGCAUCGUGGAGCGCUUCGGCGUCGACCCGUCCCGCACCCUCAUGGUGGGGGACCGCCUGGAGACGGAUAUCCUCUUCGGCAAGAACUGCGGGCUCUCCACCAUCCUCACCCUGACGGGUGUCUCCCGCCUCGAAGAGGCGCAGGCCUACAUGGCCAGCGACAGUGCCGCCGCCAAGGAUAUGGUGCCCCAUUACUACGUGGACAGCAUUGCAGACUUGAUACCGGGCCUGGAUGAGUAGCAGUCUUUACACGCGAGGGCAGAGGGGUCGGGUUCCCCAUCCCAGAUCUCCAUCUGUUCCCAUUUCUCUCACACCGCCGUAUUCCCUCAAUUCCCCGUUUCUUCACAUUCCGGUACCCUUCUCUGGGGGCAGAAGGAGGGAGGGCUCAAGUUGCCUCCUUUCUGCUGAGAGCUGUCUGUGAUGGACAGAGUCCUCUCCCUCAUGUGCGAGCAUCUCUGGGAGAGAGCUGGAGGCCUUGAGGCUGACCUGGGGUCAAAUCAGUGUUUCUGUACGGCCUCUCCCGCUGCAGGGGUUAGGGAACAGCUGUCUUAUCAUUUUUCUCUUAGAUAACCAGUGGCGGCCUUUUACUGCUGUCCCUCCACUCGCGUAACUCUUGACUUUUGAGCUGCAUCCCCGCAGCCCUUGUGGUAACCCCCUCCUUGCCAGGGGAGUAGCUGGUGUUCUCACCUGCCCAGCCUCCAGCAGUGCCAGGGCGUGUGGAAGGAGCGUGCUGGAGCGAUGAAUGAGAGCAUCUCUGCCUCCCACGAGCGGAAGAGAGCAUCACCUCGCCUCAUCUCUUCUCUUCCCCUGUUCCUUAGAUAUGUUUCCCCUACCACCUCCUGCCCUGACUCGGUUAAUAACUGUGCCAAUGCCUGUCUGAAGGACUGUAGGAAGGGAAGAGAGACUGUCCUUGUCCCUUUUUUUUUUUUUUUUUUUUGUGCCAAGCAACUCAGACAAGCUGUGACUGCGCACAGCGGGUCUGUGGUUGUACGUUGUUUUCAAGCACCCUUUUCCAAAGGGGCUUGUGAAGGAGAGAGGGCUACUAGACCUCAAAAGCACAGCAGGAGUGAACUGUACGACUCUCCCCUUCUUCCCCCCUCUCAGUGGAUUUUGCCAUGGUGUGGUGAGAGAAAAGGGCUGACGGGGGGGUGUCUGUGCUCCAGCUGCUGCUGUGCAGGUGAGAUGUUGUUGGUAUUGUCACUGCUGUGAGUGUGUCGCAGCCCUCGAAUCAUUCCUUGCUGCUUCGUCUUUCUACGUUUUUUUUUUUAUUAUUAUUUAUUGAUCUUAAUUAUCAGACUUAUUUAUUGUUCGAAUAUUGUAUUAUUUGUAUAAACUAUGCUGACUGUUUGCACCAAGGGGGCGGGGGACAGUUUAUUCGGGCCUCCCUGACUGUCCACGUCCCGUGUUGAUGUUCUUACACUCACUGUGUCUCUGUAUAUAAUAAAGUGUGAGCGUAGGCUGGA